AAUCCACUUCAGCUAAUGCUCUGUUCUCCUGGUCGUUGGCCCUCCAUUUGGCGCAGCCUUGGCCCUGUGUUCCUGACUUGCUGGGAUUGUGGGCUGGAGGAGGUGCCGCUGGAGGUGCUGAGGCAGAGGGAGUCCAAAUGGCUGGAUAUGCUCAAUAACUGGGACAAAUGGAUGGCCAAGAAGCACAAGAAGAUCCGGCUGCGCUGCCAGAAGGGAAUCCCGCCCUCCCUGCGGGGCCGGGCCUGGCAGUACCUCUCAGGGGCCAAGGUCAAGCUGGAACAGAACACUGGCAGGUUUGAUGAGCUGGAUCUCUCGGCGGGGGACCCCAAGUGGCUGGAUGUCAUUGAGCGGGAUCUCCACAGGCAGUUCCCAUUCCAUGAAAUGUUUGUGUCUCGGGGAGGACACGGGCAGCAAGACUUGUUCCGGGUGCUAAAGGCCUACACGUUGUACCGGCCGGAGGAGGGCUACUGCCAGGCCCAGGCUCCCGUCGCAGCAGUGCUGCUCAUGCAUAUGCCUGUGGAGCAAGCCUUCUGGUGCCUGGUGCAGAUCUGCGAGAAGUACCUCCCCGGCUACUACAGCGAGAAGCUGGAGGCCAUCCAGCUGGAUGGGGAGAUCCUCUUCUCACUGCUGCACAGAUUCGCACCCAUGGCUUACAAGCACUUGAGCAAGCAAAAGAUCGACCCCAUCCUGUACAUGACUGAGUGGUUCAUGUGCGCCUUCUCCAGGACCCUGCCGUGGAGCUCCGUGCUGCGUGUCUGGGACAUGUUCUUCUGUGAAGGAGUGAAGAUCCUGUUCCGGGUCGGCCUGGUGCUGCUGAAACACACGCUCGGCUCCUCCGAGAAGCUCAAGUCCUGCCAGGGGCAAUACGAGACCAUGGAGAGGCUGAGGGCGCUGAACCCCAAGAUCAUGCAAGAGGCCUUCCUGGUGCAGGAGAUCAUAGAGCUGCCGGUGACGGAGCGGCACAUUGAGCGGGAGCACUUGAUCCAGCUGAAAAAGUGGAAGGAGACCCGUGGGGAGCUGCAGUGCAGGUCUCCCCCACGCCUGCAUGGCGCCAAAGCCAUCAGCGACUCGGAGCCACAUUCCCGCAAGGCGCUGGACCCUUCGCCCUCCAUUAUCCUGCCCCCCGGCCAGGCGCUCCCACCCAAGGGCCGCAAGAACCAGGAGAAGAAACGAGACCAAGGAAAAGUCAGGCCGGCCAAUGGCCCCAUCCCUGAGGAGAACAGAGCCCAGGCCUUCGUUGAGCCUGGGGCUUCCCCGCAUCACCAGUCCAAGGACAGCCUGAGCUCCCGUGAGAGCGAGGACACCUACUUGUAAUGGGGUGUCAGCACAUUCUGACUCCGCGGUGGCAGAGCGCCCAGGGCUGCCACCUCUGCACCUGAGGGGCCAGCCAGCUGGGCCUAGACUCAGGAUUGAUUCCCUGCUGCAGCCAAGUUGGGGAGCAGGGUGUGUCUGGGGGCCUCUCGCCUGUCACUCUGGGUGCCGGGGGGAGGAUCCUUAUCUGUGGGAGUUAAGUUUUUAUUUAUUGUUUGGCUGCAGCUGAUUUGCAGAGCAGAGACCAAGGGAGCCGGGCUUUGCCUGGGGUGAUCAUUCAGACCUGUAGGCAAAGGGCUGUGAUCGUGCGUCUGCCCGAGGUCUGAAUGCGUCUCUUCCUUCCAUUGGGAGGCUCAAAGCCCUGUUCCCAAGAAAGGUCUGGGGCCUGGCUGGCUGCUCCAACAGGGGCUGGCUGAUGUUUGAAAUAAGCUGAUGAAUUGACCUGAGGCAGAGCAGGGGGCAGAAUCUAUCUCCUCCCAGCCCAGGUGGCUUCUUUCCACGCUGAAGUUCCCUCUAAGGAUCCCAGCUGCUGUCUUGGCUGGGCCAAUCCUCCGUCGCUGAGUGGGUUGGAGGAGUGUGUACCCAGCAGUCGUGGAGGAGCAUCCUAGGCUCAGCUGCUGCACCUGCUUGGCCUGAGCUGUGGAGGAAGAGUUGAGUUGUUCUGUCCUGCCCCAGCCAGUGCUGCAGGAGUGUCUCUGUAUUGCCCAACAGGGGUGGCUCUGUUGGCCUGAGCUCGGUGGAUUCCAAACUGAUGCUGUAUCUGGUUGGAGCGGGGAGUUAAGGAGGAAAUGACCUGACAUUCCCACCCCACCCUGCUGCUCCAUUUCUAUAGAGCUGCACCUGAGCAUUUAUUUGGACUUUCUCUACUGCAGCGAGCCUAUUUAUUUGUGUAGCAUAACUGUUCAAAAGGAGCCUUGCCAAUAUAUAGGAAAGGUUAGAUCCGCCUCAGUGGGCGCCUGCAAAUUCUGGGCAGGAUGCAAGGGGCUGGGGACAAGGUCUGCAUGAGGCAGGGCUGGCACUGGUUGCUCAGGACCUGGGUGAAAGCACUGGUUGCUC